CUCUAGUCGCCUCGCUCUCACAGCAUACCACUACUAUCGUACACCAGAGACAGAUAAAACAAGCGAAACCAUCUCUCAAUGCCUCGCGGAAAAAAAACCGCCACGCCAAUGAUCCAAGCAACCUCGCAACAGACCCGCUUCAAUCUCGAAGAAACUGCCUCCAAGGAAUUGGACUUGAAGGGGGUGCACAUUUCCAUUGGGAAGAGGGAAAUCAUCUCCGAUGCCCACCUCAAGCUAUCUGCCGGCGUCCAUUACGUCCUCGUCGGCCGCAAUGGUGUCGGAAAGAGCACGCUUCUCCGCGCCAUCGGGGAGAAGCUGAUUCCGGGGAUCGCUAGGAACUUGAGGCUUCUUUUUUUGCAACAGAGUUACCAUUCCGACGGGGAGCAGGGCGAGGAGGGGGAGGGGGUGUUGGAGUUUGUUGUUAGGAGCGAUAGGAUUAGGACGGAUACAUUGAGGAGGUUUGAAUCGCUUAAAAGGGCAUUGGAUAAUACCGAGGAUUCCACUGAUGCUGUGACGGUUUUGAGGAUGUUGAAGCAUGAAGAGAGAAUGGUGGAAUUGGAAGAGGCCAAGAAAGCCGCUACUUUGAGGAGCGGGACGAGAGGAAUGAAGGCUAGAAAGGAACUUAAGGCCUUAGAAGUUGUCAUUGCCGAGGAGGAAGCCCAGCUACAGAUUGUCGACGACGGGACGGUGGCGGAGGAGACGGAUGAAGCGAUCAAUACUCUAGGAGAACUUGAAACCGCUCUUGAGGCUAUGUCUGCAGCAACCGCCGAAGCCCGAGCUCAACAACUCCUUCUCGGACUCGGCUUCACCCCCAAGAUGAUAACUCAACCCCUCUCCUCUCUUUCCGGUGGCUGGCGCAUGCGCACAGUCCUAGCAUCACUCCUCUUCCAGCCCUGCGACAUUCUCCUGCUAGAUGAGCCCACAAACUUUCUCGACCUCCCAUCCCUUCUCUGGCUCGAGGGCCAUCUCCAAACCCGGACAGAGACAACCCUCCUCCUCGUAUCUCAUGACCGAGCUUUCGCAGACACACUCGCAGACGAGAUCAUAGUUCUUCGCGAGGCGAAGCUAGAACGAUUCCCGGGGAAUCUAGCAGCCUACGAAACCACCCGCGCCGAGAACCAAAGGCGUUUAACGCGCAUGAAAGAACAAGCCGCGUCGCGGCAGAAGAAACUAGACGAGCGUAUGGGGUACCAAAUUGAGAUCCCGCCGGACGACCCGGCGGCACGGUUAGCUAUAACCUUGACAAUCCACCUCGGCGACCGCAUCGGUCUUGUUGGCCUUAACGGCGCCGGAAAAUCCACCCUGGUCACCUGCCUAGUCGACACCCCACCAAGCAACGCGAGAAUCACAGGAACACUAGCCCAUCACCCCAAAUCCCUCAUCGGCUACUUCUCGCAAGCAGCCAUCGACUCCCUGCCACAGGACCGGACCACAACGACAUUAUCACUCCUCGGUGGCGAUGAACACGAAGCCCGUGGCAUCCUUGCUUCCCUCGGUCUGGUCGGCGCUACAGUAUCCGAACUCCCCGUCUCCCGUCUUUCCGGGGGGCAAAAAGUCCGCGUCGCACUGGCACGGAUCCUGCACCCGCCGCCACACUUACUCGUGCUCGACGAGGUGACUACGCAUCUAGACGCCGAUAGCGUAGUUACCCUGGCCGAGGGAUUAAAAGCAUAUGGGGGGGCGGUGGUAAUCAUUAGCCAUGACCGCUGGUUCAUGAACGCUGUUGUUGAGGAGGAGGGGAAGAAUGGAAGGGUUUAUAUGGUUGGUGGGGGGAAGGUUAAGCAUCUUGCGGGUGGAGUGGUCGCGUUUGAGAAGAGGGUUAGGAAGAGUGUUAAAGGGAAUUUUGGUUAG